AUGGAUGCCAUUGCUAGCACGAGCAUAUCAAGAUGGCUUGGAUGCGGCACGUUUGCGGCCUUGCAACCCUGGGGCCCUGGUAGAGACCUGGCCAGAGCACCUAGGCCUGAUUUUCAUCUGCUGAUUUGGACUUCAAAAUUUUUGAUCUCCUUGGCCAUUGCGACUCUGCAAAGGGGUCAGGCAGAGAUCAAGAGGAGCCGUAGAGGCUACGUGAAGAAGAAAAUUGGAGAACGGCCAUGUCUCAGCAUCCCAUCAUUUCGCAGCAACGGUAUCCCAGCACGCCACGAGAUCCCACAUCGGCUCUCCAGUCCGACGAUUCAGCGCAGGAUGACACCAAGUGGUCGCAUCUUCUCGCCCUAUGACGACGAUGCCGCAGCAAAGCCGUGA